GACGUCAAACCCACUCGGACCCUCCUGCCAGACUGCUCUGUGAACAAGUCCUUCUUUGAAGUCAAGGAGAACACAAAUGUCACCAAGCCGCUGGUGGACAUCCAUGUCCCAGAGGGCCAGGAGGUGACCCUCGGACCCUUGUCCACCCCCUUCGCAUUUCGGAUCCAGGGAAACCAGCUGUUUCUCAACGUGUCUCCUGAUUACGAGGAGAACUCACUACUUGAGGCUCAGCUGCUGUGUCAGAGCGGAGGCACGCUGGUGACCCAGCUGAGGGUGCUCGUGUCAGUGCUGGACGUCAAUGACAACGCCCCCGAAUUCCCCUUUACAACCAAGGAGAUAAGGGUGGAAGAGGACACUAAAGUAAACUCCACCGUCAUCCCUGAGACAGAACUGCAGGCCGAGGACAAAGACAAGGAUGACAUUCUGUUCUACACCCUCCAGGAAGUGACCGCAGGUGCCAGUGACUACUUCUCCCUGGUGGGUGUAAACCAUCCCGCCCUGAGGCUGGACCGGCCCCUGGACUUCUACGAGCGGCCCAACAUGGCCUUCCGGCUGCUGGUGCGGGACACUCCGGAGGAGAAUGUGGAGCCCAGUCACACGGCCACCGCCACGCUGGUGCUGAAGGUGGUGCCUGCCGACCUGCGGCCCCCCUGGUUCCUGCCCUGCACCUUCUCAGAUGGCUACGUCUGCAUCCAAGCUCAGUACCACGGGGCUGUCCCCACGGGGCACACACUGCCAUCCCCCCUCGUCCUGCGUCCCGGACCCAUCUACGCCGAGGAUGGAGACCGCGGCAUCAACCAAGCCAUCAUCUACAGCAUCUUCAGUGGAAACGUGAACGAUACAUUCGUCAUCCACCCAGACUCCGGCAACCUCACCAUGGCCAGGAGUGUCCCCAGAGCCAUGACCUUUCUUCUGCUGGUGAAGGGCCAGCAGGCUGACCUUGCCCGCUACUCAGUGACCCAGGUCACCGUGGAGGCUGUGGCUGCAGACGGGAGCCCGCCCCGCUUCCCCCAGAGCCUGUACCGUGGCACCGUGGCACUUGGCGCUGGAGCAGGUGUUGUGGUCAGGGAUGCAGCUGCCCCCUCUCAGCCUCUGAGGGUCCAGGCUCAGGACCCGGAGUUCUCGGACCUCAACUCGGCCAUCACGUAUCGAAUUACCAACCACUCACAUUUCCGGAUGGAGGGAGAGGUUGUGCUGACUACCACCACACUGACCCAGGCGGGGGCCUUCUACGCAGAGGUUGAGGCCAAAAAUACAGUGACCUCUGGCACUGCGACCACAGUCAUUGAGAUACAAGUUUCCGAACAGGAACCCCCCUCCACAGGUGAGCCCCCAUCCCCAGAGACUGGAGGAACAACUGGGCCCUGGACCAGCACCACUUCUGAGGCCCCCAGACCCCCUGUGCCCUCCCAGGGACCCUCCACAACCAGCUCUGGGGGAGGCACAGGCCCUCAUCCACCCUCUGGCACAACUCUGAGGCCACCAACCUCGUCCACACCCGGGAGGCCCCCGGGUGUGGGAACCAGCACCUCCCACCAACCAGUCACACCCGGUGGCGGCACCGCACCGACCCCAAAGCCAGGAACCUCUCAGCCGAUGCCCCCUGGUGUGGGAACCAGCACGUCCCACCAACCAGCCACACCCGGUGGCGGCACAGCACAGACCCCAAAGCCAGGAACCUCUCAGCCGAUGCCCCCCGGUGUGGGAACCAGCACCUCCCACCAACCAGCCACACCCGGUGGCGGCACAGCACAGACCCCAAAGCCAGGAACCUCUCAGCCGAUGCCCCCCGGUGUGGGAACCAGCACCUCCCACCAACCAGCCAUACCCGGUGGUGGCACAGCACAGACCCCAGAGCCAGGAACCUCUCUGCCGAUGCCCCCCAGCAGGAACACCCCAUCCUCAGGUGGCGGCCCCUCGGAGGACAAGCGCUUCUCAGUGGUGGACAUGGCAGCCCUGGGUGGGGUGCUGGGUGCACUGCUGCUGCUGGCUCUCCUUGGCCUCACUGUCCUUGUCCACAAGCACUACGGCUCCCGGCUCAAGUGCUGCUCCGGCAAAGCUCCGGAACCCCAGCCCUCAGGCUGUGACAACCAGGCGUUCCUCCCUGACGACGAGGCCAACUGGGCGCCCGCCCCCAGCCCCACGAGCGACGCCAAGCCCGCGGAGGCACCGCCGACGCCCGCGGAGCCCGCGCCCCCGGCUCCGCGCCAGCUGGCCCGCGAAGUUCCUCUCCUGCUCUAA